AUGACAAGAAGCAAAGUGAACCUUACUUACAUUUCAAAAGACUCUGCAAGAAGGGUCACCUUAAGAAAAAGGGAGAGUGGCUUAAUGAAGAAGGCAGAGGAGAUCACAACGUUGUGCGGGAUCGACGCGUGCGCCAUCAUAUUUAGACCUAACGAUCUCGAGCCGAAUGUUUGGCCUUCCCAGUUGGAAGCUCAACGUGUCAUUUCGAGGUUUAGGAAUUUGUCGCCGCUGGAACAGAACAGGAAGAUGGUGGACCAAGAAAGUUUCGCCCGGCAGAGGCUCGAAGCAAUGAACGAGAAAGUGUCGAAGCUGGGGAAGGAGAACCAGCAUAAGCAGCUGACUCAGGUCAUGUACCAGUGCUUGUCUGGUGGAGGAUUCGAGCAUUUGGCCGUUGAUGAUCUGAACAACUUGAGUGUCUUGCUCAUAAGUUUUUUGUUGCUGCUGCUGGUAUGCUAUGACGUGAUGCUGGUUCUGGACUUUGCUGCUAUAUGA